UAAUCAUCCAAGCGCCCUUUGAAGCGCCAUGACGUCUUGAGACAGAACUCUGGACACAACAGGCGCUGGGAAGCCUCUGCCUGUCCGUGUCGUCCUUGAGCCGAUAGCCAGUUGUCCCGAGGACUUCUGGCCUUGCAAAUAUUCUUCCCUAUCAAUUGGUGCAUUGCCUCGGGGGCAAUUGAACAACCCCGUGAUUUGUAUACGUUAGUUAUCCCAUCAAAUCCUGGCACGCAUCGCUCACCCAGUGCCUUAUGGAUACCACUUUUGACUACCAAACGCAAGAAACUGUCCAACUCCACUUCUCACUCCACGAUUUGAAAUAUCCAGCCAUUUGAUGCAUCAAAUAUGCCAUAUAUCAACCGUUCAGGUGUAUCGCUUUACUACGCAACGUACGGUAGCGGAACCCCGCUCCUCCUCUCCCAUGGCUUUUCCGCGACCUCCGAAAUGUGGUCUGGCCAGAUAGCUCUGCUUUCGGCAAGAUUCAAGCUUAUCCUAUGGGAUAUGCGCGGCCAUGGCAAGUCUGACUACCCGGAAGAUCCGGCGAUGUACAGCGAACAGCACACGGUGGCUGAUAUGGAAGCCAUCCUGGCCGAAGUCUGCGGAACGAAGAGAGCCAUCGUCGGGGGUUUGUCACUAGGUGGAUACAUGUCGCUUGCUUUCUACCUUGCUCACCCUGAGCGUGUUAAGGCGUUGUUGAUCAUCGACACCGGCCCGGGCUUCAAGAAUGACGCAGCGCGUGAUGGAUGGAAUAAGUAUGCUCUUCAAACGGCGGAGCGGUUUGAACAGCAUGGGCUGCGCCGUCUCGAGAAAAUGAGCGUAGAAAUGAAAACUUCGACGCACCGAGACGCAAAGGGAUUGGCAUUGGCGGGGAGAGGGAUGUUGAUACAAAAGAGUCCUGCGGUUAUCAAGUCCCUGCCCAACAUCAAGGUACCGUCACUGGUUGUUGUUGGUGCCAAUGAUACCCCAUUUCUGGCGGGGUCAGACUAUAUGAGUAGGACAAUUCCUGGGUGCAAAACGCUGGUUAUAGCUGACGCUGGUCAUGCGGCAAACAUUGACCAACCUCAAGCGUUCAACGUAGGUCUUUUGAACUUCCUAGCCAACAUCGAACCUGCUAGGGGCAGCCUAUAGUUAUGAUAACAAAUGAAGCACGUUGACC